UCCAAGAAAAAAAAGUGUCACAACUUGAUUGCACUCACAAAACCUUCUUGCUCAUAUUCAUCAAGACAUCACACUCAUCUUUUUCCCUCUUGGGAUUAAUUUGUUCCUUCCUUUCUGAAAAUGGCCCCUCGAGGAACCCUUGAAGUUACACUUGUCGGUGCUAAGGAUCUUAAAAACAUGGAUACAAUGGGUAUGAUGGAUCCUUAUGUCGUAUUCACCUACAAAGAUCAGGAGAAAAAGAGUCAGGUGGCAAACGGUCAAGGGUCUGAACCAGAUUGGAAUGAAACUUUUCUAUUUACAAUUGCUGGUGCUGAAGAUGAACUCAGAUUGAAGUUAUAUGACGAAGACUCUGGUAGCACUGAUGAUUCUGUGGGUGAAUUAACAAUUCCACUGGAUGCAAUAGUUACCGACAGCGGGUGCGAAGGGAGAAUGCCAGCAACGCCAUACGACGUAAUGAGGAACGACAAAGUCAGAGGAGAAAUUACCAUUGGCCUCUUUUUCAAUCCUGAGCCUGGCAGUGGAGAUCGCGACUAUGGCAGUGGAGAUCGCGACUGUGAUGAAGAAGAAGAAGACGAGUGAAAUGGUGGAAGGAAACAGUCCACAUGCGACUGAUUGUCUGAAGAAUAAUAGUUUUGCUCGAUGCCAGUACCAUAUAUGAUUUUUUUUUUUUUUUUCCCUUUCUUUUUUCCUUUUUGUUGUUCUUGAAGAAUAAUACCAACUUGGAGAUACCAGUGUUCCGUUGCUAAUACUUUGUGAUAAUAAACUUUCAUUUGUUUAUUUGCCAA